GAUGUUUCAACAGAGGAAGUGUACUUCGCUCAGAAGGGAGGGGCUUGUGGUUUCCUUCGAAAGUGUGGACUUAAUAAUUGUUACAGUACGAAGGCCACGUUCCUUUUAAUUCUAUAACAAUUGCAAAUACAAUGUAAUUACAAUAACCAAGAACGCUCUUGAAUAACGUACAAAAUAGAGGUCGGUGUAAAAAGGCAGUUCGCAUCAAAGCGGAACAAGAAAGGCACUCGCUCGGCUAUCAAAAGGCUAAUUUUAGACAACAUUACACAACCAUCCCGUCCCCCAGCAACCAUGUCCAUGGCCCUAAAACAAGUCUUCAACAAGGACAGAACAUUCCGGCCCAAGCGCAAGUUUGAGCCUGGAACGCAGCGCUUUGAGUUGCACAAGAAAGCACAGGCGUCCCUAAAUGCUGGCCUGGACCUGAAACAGGCGGUGCAGCUGCCGCACGGCGAAGACCUCAAUGACUGGGUGGCCGUUCACGUGGUGGACUUCUUUAACCGCAUCAACCUCAUCUACGGCACCAUCAGCGACUCCUGCACAGACCAGACCUGCCCCGUUAUGUCCGGCGGGCCGAAGUACGAGUACCGCUGGCAGGAUGAGCAAAAGUACAAGAAGCCCACCGCUCUCUCUGCACCCAAAUACAUGAGCCUGCUAAUGGAAUGGAUUGAGGUCCAGAUCAACAAUGAGCAGAUCUUCCCCACUAAUGUUGGUACGCCAUUCCCUAAGACCUUCAUGCAGGUAGCAAAGAAGAUCUUGUCUCGUUUGUUCCGAGUCUUUGUCCACGUCUACAUCCACCACUUUGACCGCGUGAGCCAGAUGGGAGCAGAGGCCCACGUGAACACCUGUUACAAACAUUUCUAUUACUUCGUUACUGAAUUCAGCCUCAUAGACCACAAAGAGCUGGAACCUCUGAAAGAGAUGACAGCACGGAUGUGCCACUGAAAAAGAGAGCAGACCUUUACAUUCCAGACAGAUCAGAACCAUGCAAAUUUACAGUUUAAAAGCAGAUGAAACAGAAACCAAACUUUCAAAGACUUUAUUUUUAUACGUUUUUAAAGUACUGUAAUCUUCUGUUUAGGGACAGACAUGUACAUCUCUCUAUAUUCUCAUGUGUAGGCAUAUGGAGAGUAUUUUUAAUAGAAAGCAGUAUUAUCAAUUAUUUUUGUUUUUCCAAAUUUGUUCUGAAUCAUUCCUUUUGUUCUGUCGAACUGUUAUAAUCUUUAACAUACAGAUUAUAUUUGACUAUUUAUGUAUGUCGUUGAGAUAUUAAAACCACUUCCUCUUG